UAUAUGUGUGUUUGAGAAGAUAGAUAGAUCGUUUAUAUUGAUAUGCUGUUUGCUCUAAAUAUUGAAAAAUUUUGAUCGCUGCGCUGGUAAUCUCAAGUAAUCAGAUUCAGUGCAAAGUCAGCUUAAUGCAGGAACACCUUGAUUCAUCGGGGUUCGGCAAAGCGGCUAUGAGUAUCGCACUCAUAAAUUCAGCAUGGACUGCAGCGUCAAAAUAUAUUAUAAGUCACCAACGUAACCCUGUAACCUAACAACUUCAGCUCAACUUGUUUGGACUAUUCACUGAAAAUCAAAUAUUCAAGAGAUACUGAUAUAUUGUUGCUUAGCCUAUAUCAUUAUUACAACUGCCAAUCUAAUUGAAAAUUACACGGAUUGCUGCAACUUGAUAAACUAAGCGACCUUGUUGGAUAAUACGACACUGGAAAUGAAGACUGCGAUGCUUCUAUUGCUUUUAGCUGUCCUGUGCAGCACGUCUAUUGGACGGACAUUACAUGAGCGGAAACGAAGAGUAGCAGGUAUUGAAUACGACACUUAUCUGGACAAGGACCCAGCUAACGACGACGAUUACUACGAAUACGAUGAAUAUGAUAUUGAAGAAGAUGACCUCUUCUCUUGUUUUACCGGCGGAGAACAAGUUCCGCAUUUUCUCAUGUGUGAUGGAUAUAAAGAUUGCACCGACGGGUCAGAUGAAAUCCCGGCAAAUUGCGAAGAGCUUGGAAUCUCGACGCCACCUACCUCCACCACAAGUACAACAACAACCACGACCACGACGCCCACAACAACUACUACCACUGCAACGACAACAACCACUACUGCUUCCUUACCACCAGUGGAACCAAAUGUAAGAAAACCGGAGGAUUAUGGUGAUUAUGAAGAUGCUUGUACUGAAGAAGAGUUUCAAUGUCAAUCGGAUUUAUCUAUUUGUCUUCCACAAACUCAAGUUUGCGAUGGAAUACACGAUUGCCCAGAUAAAGAAGAUGAAGCUAAUUGUACCGAAUUGCACUUCGAAUCAAUUCCUGUUAUUCCACAUAUGAGACCAGUUUUUGAAGGAGGCCUCGAUUUUGAUACUUUCGACAUUGAUCACACACCAUCGAAAGAUAUCAAGGCGGCCCCUAACGACAUUGACUACAUUUACUAUAUCGAUAACAGGAACGGCGUAGCGAUCAGUCUACCUGAUGUACUUAACGGUGCAGACGACCAACAAAAAGCGGAACCCACUAGCUUCAAACCGCCGGUGGUGAUUAUGAAACCUCCCCCACAAAAGCCAGAUGUUCCUAUUUUGAUUCCAUCUGAAAAACAGGAAAAUAAUGCGAAUGACUUGGCAUUAGAAUCUGAUUAUGACUACAUAAUGUUGGGAGACGAGGACGACAUAAGGAGACGUUUACUCGAGAAGGUGCCGGGGACCGAAACAACUAAAUCAAAUGACACAGAUAAUCACGACGUCUCCGUUUUAAAAGACGGUGAAAUCGAAAUAAAUCACAAUACUGGAGAAAUUAUUUUAUUUGAAAAUGGCGAAGUAAUUCCACUUUCGUCCGAACCAGCUGAAGCUAAACGAGAAGAAAGUUUGUUAACGACUGUCGAGCCAAAAAUCAUUUCACCCGAGCACACAACAAAAAGUACAACAGUAGCAAUGUCGACUACAUCACAAAGUGACGAUAACGAAACUUUUAAAUUAAAAAAGAAAAUUGAGAAACAGCGGAAAAAAUUCCGCGGAAUCGUUGCCCAACUUUUACACCAAAUGGGAAAACUGGUUGAAACCGGAGCAGACUCUGAACCGGACAAUACAAUUCAAACAAAUAUAAACAUUAAUGUUGGAACAGGAAUAGACUUAUCAUCAGCUGGUAGUUUGUAUUCAAGACUUUUAUCACAAUCAUCUUUUCCUAAUUCACCAAGAUUAAGAAUAAGUGUGGAUGUACAAUUAUAAAACUUCUUUUAGACGUCUGAUAGGCGCACUGUCGUAGGAUAAACUGCGCAUGUGGUCUGUUUGGCUCGGGUUUUCCUACAUCGUUUCUUCAAUACCUCAAAGUUUAUAAAUUUAUUUGAAAUAUCUCACGGGUUUCUUACGCUAUUUUCAGUAGUUGGGCGGUUAAAAAUAGUUGCAAAUAAUUGUACGCGAGUAAGCAUUUGGUCGAAAUACCAAUUUUACGCCUCGAAAGUUUGCAUAUCAAUCAUAUUUUAUUUAUUUCUAUGAAACUUUACUGUUAUUUUGUUAUACAUCACAUUUUAUACUUGAUUUUAAGCAUGAAGUAUUAUUUUUUUAUUUAGUACGACGUUGAAAACGAAACACCGAUAAUGCAUUUUAGUACUAAAACGCAUAGCAUGUUAGGCACUAAGAGGUUUAAUAAAUGCAAUUAAGCAUGAAAAUGGGUUUGGUACAUUUGGGCACAUUACCCAAAAGUGGAAAAUAACAUUUUCCCAAAUGACUUUGACUCAUACAAGCAAUGGGUCAUAUAACAAUGAUUCAGUGGUAUCACUCAUCGCCCAAUUUACAAAACUAGCUUUAAAUUUUACACGCAAACGCAAAUUGCGGUGUUCUUUUUUCAGCGUUGAUUAAGUAGUUAGAACGGCGGUUAGUUGUGACUAUACCGUAAAUAACCAAUGACUUUAAUUGAUAUCAAUAAGACUGGUGUUCAUUCAUCACUUGCGAAAUGUUAUUCCCAUAAGAAUAUUUUGGAGGUUAUUUUUGAACUGUGAGGUACCAAGUUUAACCAGGCUAUUUUGUUUAUAUAUAGCUGGUAUAGAUCAUUAUCGACACCAAUCUAUGACUGAAAAUGAGCGAUUUAUUGCACCAAACAAAAUUUAUUUCGCUUUCAAAAAAUAUAAAAUGUCCUGAAACAAAAAUUGUGAUUUGUAUUCCGAUACUUUAUGUGCUGUUGCCAAACCGUUUGUUUUUUGUUACAAAAUCUAUCAAAAGUACAGCUAAAUACCUACCUCCGAGCAUGGCUACGUUGAUUUAGUAUACAUUAAAGCUUAAAGUAUACUCUUAAAAGUAUCAAGUACCCUUUAUAAGGGUUUUUAGAUAGUGUAUGUUUUGUUAAUUCAAAUGACCACGAAAAGUAAACCUACGAAAAUUCGUCACGACUGAGCGAAUUUGAAUUGUUCUACGCUUCGCUUUGCUCAACUAAAAGGAUAAUGCCAUAUCAAACACGGUACAUAUGUACGGCAUGUCUGAACAGUACCCGUGUAUGAGCAGUUCAUUAUUGAUAAUGGCAAAUUCGUAAAGAUUGAAGGUAACGCCUAAACCGUCACCUCACUGUGAUUAUGAAUUGUAUAAUAUUAAUUUAAUUACUUACGCGCAUUAGACCAUUUGUAGCUUAAUCAUGGAAAAUCUGGAGCCCAAUAGUUUAAUUUAUGAAGAAUCUGACAUUCCGAAAUUUAGAUGAAAGUAAACUGGUAUUGAAUAUAAGCAAUAUUUUAUAACGAUUACUAUGUUUCAUACCUCAAAUACAGUAUUCUAAACCUAAAACGCUUUUUGUUGCGGAACAUAUGGAUUAUACUGAAUGAUUUAUUUCAAUACACCAUGGCGUCUCUGGAUUGAGCAUAGACAAAUGUAGUUCAAAAAGCCCGUAGAAACAACACUAGAAUAGUUGACUUUAAUAUAGUGCACUCCGUUCGUUAACCUUAUUAUUUUGAAUGUUUUACAUGAUAUAAUCGUCAACUUUUUAUGUUAUUUUUUGAUAUUCUUAAUUUUUUUGCUGUGCGGUUUACACUUUCUUAUUUAUUACUACUCCUUAUCGUUUAUUUUGUUUCAUACUAAUAAAAUGAAAUA